AUGAGCGCGAAUCCUCGCCUGCGGACUGGGUUCCCAGCAACCCAAGUGGCCGCUCACCGACGACGCCUUCACGACGAUGACGACCCGCCGGCGACAGCCUUCAGAACAGCUCUGGGCUCCAACGGGCCGGCGAAGCUCCCCGUCGCCCCGGAAAGCGCAGUUCCUCGCAGCACCAGCACGCAGCCCGUGAUUCCUCUGACGCUCCUCGAUGGCCCCCAGCAGCGGCUGUACGCAUUUGCCGUCUACGUCCUGCUGUGGGCGUGGAAGCUCUACGACUGGCUGCAGGUGGUGGAGGAUGGAGAUGCCUCCUGGUGGCUCUUCCUGAAAUGGAUCCUCAUCGACUUCGCUUUUCUCUUUGGGCUGCCCGAGCUGAGGAUACCCUGGCUGGAGCUCUCCCAGCUCGUGGUUACCGCUGUUUUUGCAUCCCAUUUGGUCACCAAUUACAUGCUCAUGUUCAACAUUCCGCUUCCCUGGCAGACGUGGCUCCUCGGCGUGGCAAAGGUCCUCUACGAUCGUGAAAUCUCCGUCGCCGAACACCACGUCAAGGUCUCCGAGCUCCUCAAUAACCACUCGCUCAUCAUGGGCAAGCAAGUCAUCAACAUUCUCCCCGAAGGCUCUGCCGUCCUCAACCCCGAGCACACGCCCUUUUGCUUGUCGGCCAAGUCCCAGACCUCGGCACAUCUCCCAAUCUUCUUCAACUCCACGGUCCCCGCUGAGAUCGAAUUCCUCCGUCUGGACCUCGACACUGGCAAGGAAGAAAUCAUCAAGGUGCCGACCAGGGAAGUUAACAAGCUGGCCAAGGUGAUUCGCGACCACAAUGCGGAUCCUGACGCUCAUCCCUUCCACUGGACGUACGCGAUCAAGAAGCCGGGUGUCUACCGACUGAACAAAGUUUUGGAUGAAUAUAAGCUAGAAGUUCAGAGGCCAGUCAGGGACACGUACGUGGUGCCUUGCCCACAGGCCAAGAUUCAGACGACCGAUCCUUCAGACCGAUGUAUUCGCGACCUGUCCAAUCUCUCUCUCGACGUUGUUGGAACUCCACCUCUCAAGAUCAAAUACUCGCGAACGAUCAAUGGAAAGAACCAUGCUUUCCACUUUCAGAGCUUGCAGCCCGAAGGCUUCAAUUCGCCUCUCCUCAGCACCUCCGGCUUGGGUAUCGACAAUGGUGAUGACGUCGAUUGGGUCAAGCCUCAUAAGGUGACUGUGAAACUUAACGAGUCCAUGGCUACCCCUGGAGACUGGGAGUAUUCGGUAGAGGAGGUGUAUGAUGCAUUCGGCAACGUCGUCAAAUAUGCUGAAGCGUACGAAGAUCUGGACUCGCCCAAGAUGAAAGGGCUUUCCCAGAAGUUCACCGUCAAGGAGCGGCCCAAGAUCCGCAUGCAGGGCUGCGACUUGAGAAAUCCCAUCAAGGUGGCCAGAGGCCGCCCAGCUAAACUGCCCAUCAGCUUUGGCCUUGCCGGUCCCGUGGACGAUACUUCUCACAAGGUCACAUGGAUUUUCUCGCCCAUCGAUUCGAUAACCAACAGUGGCGACCACGGCGACCAGGUCACGGUUGGAACGCACUUCGCCAAGAGCUCGCUCGACAAGCCGUUGGUCUCGGAGCCUGGCCUGUACACGUUGAAAUCUGUUUCGACCGGCUCUUGUGAGGGCGAGGUCGAUGAGCCUUCUUCCUGCUUGCUUUUGAACCCUCUCGAGCCUCAUCUAUCUCUGCGAACAGAGGAGAUCCCGGACAAAUGCGCUGGCAACUCGGUUGGUCUUCGCGUCGAUCUGGACCUUGUCGGUACACCUCCUUUCACCGUUCGAUACGACAUCAUCUCCGAUGGACGUGUGGAGAAGCAGGCUCAUCGCGUGGAUGGCUUGCGAUCCCAGAUUGAGCUUGUUCCUCGAAAGGCCGGGCGCUACAAGUACGUCUUCAGGUCUAUCGACGACGAUGUCUACACCGGCUUGCCCCUGACAGGCAGCGACAAGGUCCUGGAGCAAGUGGUCAAGCCGGCUGCGUCUGCAUACAUCUCCAACCCUGCGAAGACGAUCAACGCCUGCCUGGAAUCCGAAGUGGACGUGGAUGUCGUACUCGCUGGAGAUCCCCCGUUCAACUUGGAAUGGGAAAUUAUCCACGAUGGCAAGCGGAAGCCUGGGCGUGCAGAGAACAUCUACGAUACUCACUUCAAGAUUCAGACAGCAGCUUUGGCAAAGGGCGGAGAGUACAUUCUUGCCCUCAGCAGUGUCCAGGAUCAGCGCAAGUGCCGAACUUUCCUGCAGGAUCAGCUCAAAAUCUCCGUCCGUCGCCAGCGACCAAGGGGUGCCUUUGGGUUGGUCGAGCAAAAGAACAGCAUCAUGGCCGUCGAGGGUACCGCGCUUCGCCUGCCGCUUCGCCUCCAGGGAGAAGCACCGUGGACCGUCUCCUACCGGAACCUGGACGGACCGCCCGACAUCAUCACCAAGACCAUCAAUGGGCCGAAUGAUCACCUUCUGGUUAGGGCUCGAGGCACCUAUGAGCUUGUUGACGUGGUAGAUAAACAAUGUCCUGGUGUCGUCGAACCCAAGGCCUCAAAAUUCCACGUGGACUGGUUCCCCCGUCCGGAACUCUCCAUUGUGCCGUCGGACAGCAUCACACCGGCUGCUUCUGGAGUGUUUGUCAAGCAGGAGGUUUGCGAAGGUGAUAUCGAUGGAUUCGAGGUCAAGAUGAAAGGCUCGGCCCCGUACCACAUUGAGUAUGAAGUUAAGCAUAAGCCACUGCAGGGCGCCGCCUCGCUCAGUCAACGACGCUUCGACGCAGCCCUGUCCAAGGCUGCUGUUGCCAUGGACACCUCCAAGGCGGGCGACUACACGUACAAGUUCUCUGCGCUGGCAGAUAAUCUCUACAACAGCGACAAGCACUUCAACCCCUUGGUCGUCCAGCAACGUGUCAACGCCAAGCCGUCGGCUGCCUUCACCAAGCCUGGCCAGGCCUUCAAAUACUGCCUGGAAGAGCAAGAGCAUGAAGACGCGAUCCCCAUCACUCUUACCGGUGUUCCUCCCUUCUACGUCGAGGUGGAGAUCAAGCACCAAGUCGGAUCACCCGCGGAAACGUACCGCAUCCCUUCCAUCCAAACCAACAACUUUGGCAUGUCGAUCCCUCGACAGCAUCUCCGCCUUGGCAACCAACAGCUGCUCAUCCGUACCGUUAGAGACGCACGGGGCUGCCAGAGGAAGUACGACAUUGGCGGGCCAUCCAUCCAAGUCCAGCUGUACGAUGCCCCGUCAAUCUACCCGCUGGAGUCUCGCCAGGAUUACUGUGUCGGCGAGCGCAUCGCCUACACCCUCUCCGGCGCUCCGCCAUUCGACAUUACUUACGACUUCAACGGCCAGUGGCACGCAAGGUCUCCCACUACCAGCUUCCAGCGUAUCGCUGAGAAGCCCGGCGAGUUUGUCAUUACUAGCGUUUCUGACAAGUCCAGCGAAUGCCGUGCCACCGUCAACAUCCCCAAGACGAUCCAUCCUCUUCCCAGUGUGCAGAUCAGCCGUGGUAAGCACUCCCGAGUGGACAUUCACGAAGGAAACGAAGUGGACAUUCUCUUUGAGUUCUGGGGCACCCCUCCGUUUGAGUUUACGUACACACGAAGCAGCAACGCCAAGAAGGGACAGCGGAGCAUCAUACUCGAGACCAGGCACGACGUCUCGUACGAGCACAGCAAGGUUGUCAAGGCGAGCCAGGAGGGUACAUACGAAGUCGUUGCGAUCAAGGACAAGUACUGCUCCUUUUCCACGCAGCAAGUGGAGUUGAAGAAGGGACGGUAA